AAAGUACAGAAAUCCUCCGCGACGGCACACCCCGCAGCCGCAGCCAAAUUGCUGGAAGGCGGCAGGCUGCGCGGGGUCUGUUGAGGAGGUGGGGGGCUGUGCGCAGGCGCAGAUAGCAAGCCAUUGGUCAGAGGCGGGCCUAGAGCCUCGGUUAAAGGACAGCUCUUUCACCCAAUCAAGGGACAGCGUCAGAGGCUUCUUCCUGGAAGAGGAGGUCGGAAGUUGGGUCUCGGCGGCGGUGGCGAAGGCAGCUACCAGUAUAAACCCGGGGCUGAGGUUCUUGAUCUUCCACAAUGGGUGAGCCACAGCAAGUAAGCGCCCUCCCACCCCCUCCGAUGCAGUACAUCAAGGAGUAUACAGAUGAAAAUAUUCAGGAAGGCCUCGCUCCCAAACCUCCACCUCCAAUAAAGGACAGUUAUAUGAUGUUCGGCAACCAGUUCCAGUGUGAUGAUCUUAUCAUCCGCCCUUUAGAAAGUCAGGGUAUCGAACGGCUUCAUCCUAUGCAGUUUGAUCACAAGAAAGAACUGAGAAAACUCAAUAUGUCUAUCCUUAUUAAUUUCUUAGACCUCUUAGAUAUCUUGAUAAGGAGCCCUGGGAGUAUAAAACGAGAAGAGAAGCUAGAAGAUCUUAAGCUGCUUUUUGUACAUGUACAUCAUCUCAUAAAUGAAUACCGACCCCACCAAGCAAGAGAGACCUUGAGAGUCAUGAUGGAGGUGCAGAAACGUCAACGCCUUGAGACAGCUGAGAGAUUUCAAAAGCAUCUGGAACGAGUCAUUGAGAUGAUUCAGAAUUGUUUGGCUUCUUUGCCUGAUGAUUUGCCCCAUUCGGAAGCAGGGCUGAGAGUAAAAACUGAACCAAUGGAUGCUGAUGAUAGCAACAAUUGUGCUGGACAGGAUGAACAACAAAGAGAAAAUUCAGGUCAUAGGAGAGAUCAGAUUAUAGAGAAAGAUGCUGCUUUGUGUGUCCUAAUUGACGAAAUGAAUGAAAGACCGUGA